AAAUAAUCUAGAGGCAGAGGGAGAUAUCCCAGUGGAAAUACUGUGUGGGAUCUCUUUCAAAGAUGCCUGCAGCCCAUUACAGUGCAGGACAAGCAAAGGUCACAUGAUCCUUGGCCUUGUUUGUGAGAUCCUCCACGGUGGUGGCGUCAUCUCUUGGCUUGGUUCCCAGUUUUUUCUCCGCUUCGGAGGCUGUUGUGUUUUUUUGAGCAGUCUGGAAUGAAAACUGCCAGCCGCAGAAAAACCCAUGGAGGGGUUCCAAGGAGGAAAUUGUCAACCAGAUCUCCCUCCCUAUGGUGGCCACACCCACCACGGCCAAAAGUUCUGGACCUCGCUUCAGGAGAGCGUCGGAAGAACUGAGGGAAGCUUCUGGGGCAGGCAUGGCCUUCUCGGUGGGAGACCCCGUGGAGAGGCUUCAGGAGGAGGUCUCGUGCUCCAUCUGCUUGGAGUACCUCAGGGACCCAGUGACCAUCGAGUGUGGCCACAACUUCUGCCAGGCUUGCAUCUCCAACUACUGUGAGCGGGGAGCGGGGUCUGUGGCCCAGGUGGCUCUCUGCCCGCAGUGCCGGGCUGGUUUCUUGCUGAGCAGCUCACGGCCCAACAAGCAGCUGGCCAACAUCGUGGAGGGCAUCGAGCAGCUGGCUCUGCGGCCAAGCAGAGGCCCCGGCGAGGUCUUGUGCGAGAGGCACGGCAAGAAGCUGCGGCUUUUCUGCCAAGACGACGGCGAGCCCAUCUGCCUGGUGUGUGACAAAUCCCGAGAGCAUCGGGCGCACACGGUCCUGCCCAUUGAAGAGGCUGCUCAUGAGUACAAGGUGAGCCUGUGUCUUGAUUUGUAACCGUGAGCUUAGCUAGAAAUGAGUUGGGGCAAGCAGACCUUCUGUUUUGUCCAUGUGUCUGCUGCACCAGUCAUGAAUGUUGUGGGGAGUAUUAGGGGUCUAUGCUGAGCUUUGCUGGGCUGUGCACAUGCUUAUACCUUUAAAGCACAUUUGGAGCACAUCCCCCUCCCUCAGGGUGUUCUGGGCACUGUAGUUUGUUAAGGGUUGCUAGAAACAACAGUGCCCUGAAUUCUCUGAGAGGAAAGAUGUGCUCCGAAUGUGCUUUAAAGGUAUAGCUUGUGCACAGCCGGAGGCUGAGGGAGAACAAAUAUAUCCAAUGCAUAAGUAAAAACAACAACACCAAAACCAAAUUGUAUUUUUGAAAUACAACUACAAACAGCUGAGCAAAGGAAGAGGUCACAACAGUUGUUCAUCAAAACCAUAAAAAACCUGAGUAAAAUGAGACUGUCUUUAUUUGGCAUAAAAACAAUAACUUCAGCACCUGACAUACCUGUAAUGUAGGUGUAGACACACACAAAUGCACGCACACAGACUUGGGGGCUUGUUGUGUCCCUCUAAACUCAGUUUUCUGACCCCCACCUCAAAGAUCCCCCCCAAAUUGGUAAUAAUAGCUAUAAUAGGUUUUGCUACAACCUGAGAUUCUUUUGUUAUGGACAAGGACUUGCCUAAUUUGAGUCUGCACAACACCUCUCCACCUUAUGGCUAUUACAAAAUAUAGACUGGGUUUUUUCUUAAAUCUUGCAUGGCCUGUGCUUGACUUAUGGGGUGCCUGGAAGCAGAGGCCCUUAUGGAAAGCCACCUCCACUCUCUCCAAUUUUAACCAAGCCCCUGCCUUGCCAUACCCUUUUAAAAACAAGUGAGACACAAGACCUCCGUUAGCCCCUGGGAUUUAAGCACAGGAGCCAGGGAGAUCUGAUAGCUUUUCUUCCUACCUCAAACCAAUUUCUUCUUUUGCUUAACAUCCAGCUGGAAGGCAAGUUCUGUAGGACAUUAAAAUAAUACUCUGAAUGAGCAAGCCAGUGCUUCUGUGGUUUUAAACCAUUGUUUUAAACAAGCUCAUAGACAAGGGUUCCUUUAUGAAUUGAAUACUGCAAUUGACUGCAGCAUUUUUGGGUAUGCAGCCCUUCAGCAACUUCCCACAAACCUUGUGGUUUGACUGGUGGGAGUCAGUUUGGGCAUGAGAGUUGCCAGCACACUCUUUUUCCAGUUGUCCCUGCUCCCUUUUCCUUUCAUAGAAUCACAGAAUUGUACAGUUGGAAGGGACCCCCAAGGUUCAUCUAGUCCAACCCAAUGCAAUGCAGGAUCUCAACUAGGUCAUACAUGAGAGAUGCCCAUCCAAGCCCUGGUUAAAAACCUCUAAGGGAUGAGAGUCCACCACCUUUCAGGGGAGUCUGUUCCAGGGUUUGUUCUAAUCUGUUGUGCCCAGAUUCAGCAAGUGAGGUUUUCCUGGUAGGGAGAGUCAAGAGAGGGAAAGAGUCACUUGCUUAAUUGCUGUCAGUUGCUGUUAAAUUCAGCAGAGAAGGGCUGGGGGGAGAAGAAAGGUGGCAACUCUAUUAAGUCCCUUCGUUAAAAUGGCUUUCACACCCAUUCAGUGCUUUGCCUCUUGUAUAUUCUUCUUGCUUUAUCUGCAGCAGCAGUUGAAGACUCCCCUCCCUAGGGGAUACUGUAGUCCAGGUAGGGAGGCCCCAUCCUGCCCAUAGGCUGCUCCUGCCCUAUCAGAACACUUGUUGUCCCCCAGAGACAUUGCUACCUUCCAAGUGUAGUGUCUUGGAGCGAAACUCCUGAGAGCCACCACAGUUGUUUGUGCUUCCUCCCCUAGAUUAAGCUCAGGGAAGCUGUGGAUGUUCUCAGGAAGGUUCUGGGGGAAGCAUCAAAACUGGAAGCCCAAGAGGCAGAGAAAACAGCUCAGUGGAAGGUAAGUACCUAAUCAAAGCUUCAUUAAGCGAUGCCAUGGAGUCAUAGCAGCUAGUCUGCUGGGUGUUGAAAUAGCAAGACUAUUUAAAACAGUGAGCAUCUGGCGAUCCAGGACAGUAAAGCAUAAUUCUCCUCAAAAAGGUAUUUUAAAAUACAACCUGCCCAGCUGAAGCAUCUGUGCUACUUCAUGUGCCAUGGUUGCAUUCACACAUCACGAUAUAGCCUUGCUUAUUGUAAUGUGAAUGCGUCUCAGGCUGAUGUAUUCCCCUUCCCCACAUGGCCCAGCUGCAGCUGAUCUUUAAGUAUGGUUUGCUUAAAACAAGCCAAUUUCAAACCAUGGCUUAUAGAGCAGCCUUGUUUCAACAAACUAUAGUUAAGACUAGCCAUGAUUGAGGGAUCAGAAAGAAUGCUCAUCAGAAGUGCAGGCUUUUGAUCUUUUCCUUGCAGCUGUGCACAAGCCUGGGGGGGGAGGAUGUAGUUUAUCAUGUCCAAAUAAUAAAGGGGUUGGUUGUUAAACAGAAAUUUGCAAAGAUCAAAUCCCUCAAUUCAUCCAGAUUUUUGCAGGUCAGAGCAAUGUUGUGGGUAGCUGGUGGGGUCAAUAUGCCACAUGGCUCAACAUUCAUGAAUGGCGAAGGAAACUUGUGUUUGUGGCACCUUCAAAAAGCAGCUGAUACAUUUGUGCCACCUGCAUUCCAGUUCCUUGUACUUGUGAUGGACACAACAUGGACCAGGCAUCCAUAGUGCAUUUUUCAGUAGCCUGGAAUUACAGAGAUCUGUGCUCUUCAGGGAUGUUUUGCUUUGUGGCUCAAGGUGGGAUGCAGGAAAACGGGUAGACUGGUGCUGCUACAGACACCUGUAUCAUGAAAAUAAGGGACAACGUGGGAUUUUCCCUCAAGGAAACUUAGCCCAGUGGCAGAACAAAUAUUUGACACACAGAAGCCUCCUGGCAUCUCCAAGCACAGCUGGGGAAAUCACCCAUCUGAAACGCUAGAGCAGAGGUAGCUAAUGUGAUACAAAUGUUGUUGGACUACAAAUCCCAUCAGCCCCAGGCAGCAUAACCAAUGGUGGGUGAUAAUAGAGUUGUCGUCCAACAACAUAUGGAUGGAGAGCAUCACAUAGGACAGGCUCACUCUGGGGAGACACUGCCAGUUGGUGCUAGGCAGGCUGGACCAAGGAAACAUUCUGCAUUCCUCGAGCACCAGAUGUGAAGGACUUUGUGGCAGCUCCUUGGCUUCUACUGUCAUCCUGUGGCUGGGUUAGACCACUGCCUGCUCAACAACUUUUUUAAAUAGGUCUGUGGGCUGGUUUUUCUGUUACUGGCCCUGGCAUGCAUGUGGAGAGAAGUACUGGGGAAAGCUCCACUAUUUAAUUUUCUCUGUGUUUUGCUGCAGCUUUAACUAUAGGUGACAAAGCUGUGAUGGAUGUGUGUGCCACGAUUGUUUCCUGCUUCUGAAGGAUGUAAAGGGCACAAGCAUCAUUUUCUGUGCAUGGGUUUGCCCGUUCUCUCUCCCCGCCCCCCGUGUCUUUCACAACCCGGAAUGUGAAUCAGCAGGAAGCUCUUCUGUUCCUGGGGUGGGAAAGACCCACAAUUGGCCAAUCUGUUGCUAAAGUUCUCUCUCUAAAAUAGAAUACAAUGAGCUGAGAGUCUUCCUGAGAAUCUUCACCUUUGGUCCUGUGUGUGAGAGGAGGAGCUGGUUGUGGUUACUUCAGGGGGAAUGAGAAGGUACUCUGCACUUCCUCAGAGACACUUGACCCUCAUGCAUGUCAUAGGAUCAAGUAUACAGUAUGUAACCCAAGUUGUACAAGGAAUCAGCACAGGGUGAUGGCGGUGGCGUUGUAAGGUGAGGACAGCUUCUAAGCAGCUCAGGUAACUUUUACAAAGGCCCUACUCAGAUCCGCCCUAUGCUUUCUCAGUCACUGAGGAAUGUGGUUAUGCAACUGCAUGGCGAAAGAAGGUGUUUGAGAAGUCAGCUCUGAGAAAUACUGUUUAUGUUGAAAAACAAAACCACACUGCAUUGCUAUAACCAAAUGGAUUAGAGGUAGGAAAUGCCUUAGCCAUGCAGGACAGGAAAAGUGUAAGCGACUUGUAUGGGCAAGUUUAGAAAUUCCAGCUUUUGAAUAGACCUCUGUAGUUUUGUUGUUAACAGCAGUUUAAUAUUCAGGCCUUGGAAUGUAAGUGAACAUUGAAUCGUAGUAGAGUUGGAUGGGACCUCAAGGAUUCUCUAGUCGAAUGAAUGCUCUGCAAUGCAGGAAUCCUGUCCAGUCACCCCUUGGUAGGCUCAAAUCAUCAACCUUCUGGUUAACAGCCAGGUGCACUGACCUUUGUGCCACAAGAUUUGUUUAGUCGUUUAGUCGUGUCCAACUCUUCGUGACCCCCUGGACCAGAGCACGCCAGGCACUUCUGUCUUCCACUGCCUCCCGCAGUUUGGUCAAACUCAUGCUGGUAGCUUCGAGAACACUAUCCAACCAUCUCAUCCUCUGCCAUGGAGUUUUUUUGGCAGGAAUACUGGAGUGGCUUGCCGGUUCCUCCUCCAGGUGGAUCACGUUUGGUCAAAACUCUCCACUAUGACCUGUCCAUCUUGGGUGCCCUGCUCGGCAUAGUUCGUAGCUUCUCUGAGUUAUUCAAGCCCCUUCGCCACGGCAAGGCAGUGAUCCAUGAAGGGGUACCACAAGAUACAAUAUGGUUUUUAUGAGGUUAGGGGGCUGGAGAAAGCUGGCCUGGAACAUCUCUUUGUCAAGCAAACGCAGGCGAUAUGUUGCCAUGGGAACUAAAUAGGGAAUUUAGAACCAUUUUGAGGGAUGUUCUGAACAAGAAAACCUCAUUAAAAAGUGGACAGACUUUCUCUCCUCCAGCUAUAAAUAUGCACAGAAAUUACAAAACACCAAUAAUCUUCCAGCCAAAUAGCACAGACCAAAGACAUGAAAUACUAUUACCAGCCUAAAUAUCAGCCAGGAUCUUGCAACAAGGCCAUAGACAUGACAGGGGAGUUUUAUUAGGUGUUUGGUGGACCUUAAUAAGAAUAUGGAUGGGAUUAUAUAUGUGUUAUUUAAUGGAUUGUUUCCCUUUUAGGUGGGACAGGUGACUUAUUUUUAAACAGUUAGCUAAGGAAUAAUAUUCAGCGCAGGCUCCAUAUUAGCUCCAGUAUCAGAGGAAGCAUACCAGUCUCUGCUAGGAACGGGGGAAGAAGCUCAGUUUGGUGCACCUUCCCGAUCUGCGCUUCUUGAAAGUAUAUGGAAAUUGCAAUGCAGCUAACCUUUGAAAUUCAUAAUUCUCCUAAUUUUGUGACUUAGUUCUCCAACUAAAUAAUCUGCACAAACGUUAGGGGGGAAAUGCGCAUUAAAAAUGUAUGUAUUCAUGGAACUAAUAGAUAAAAAUGCAUUUGUAGAAAUGUACACUAAAAUACUGAUGAAUUUCCUUAAAAAAAACAUUUAUAAUCACAGACUAAUACAUAAAUGUGGAGAACUGAGUUUAGGACUGGAAAAAUUAGAAAGAGACAGAGAAAUUGAAACUGUCAGAUUUGUCUGUCUGCAGUCACUGGGAAAAGGAGUGGGAGAAUGCUCUUGCUCUCGUAUGGGCUUCCCACAGGUAUCGGUUGACCAGGUGGGAGGAGAAUGCAGAACUGGAUGGGUCUCUCUCUGGUCUGAUCCAAUGGCCAGUUCUGCUUUCUGUGUAUGUCCCUGGCAGGAGAAAGUGGAGGAACGCAGAGCGCUCAUUGUGUCAGGGUAUGAAAGACGCCGCCAGGCAAUGGCCGAAGAGGAGCAGCUGCUUUUGAGGCAGCUUCAGGAUGAGGCGCAGGAGACACUGAAGAAGCUGCAGGUGAACUGGGCCUUCCUGCUUGGGCAGUGCACACGACUACGGGAUCUGAUCUCAGAGAUGGAGCAGAAAUGCCAGCAGCCAGCUGCCUCCCUGCUGAAGGUGAGACUCUACAGAAUGGCAUCUCCUAACAUGACCUUGAUAAAGCAGACACAGUUCUGGUACUUCUGGCUUUCUUAAGCAAUGUUCAUAAGUCAGUUUUAGUCCCUGGACAUUUACAGGCUUCUCUUUUCUCUCCUCUAGGAUGUUAAGGUAGCCUUGACCAGGUCAGUACCCUAUAAUUUGUUGUUGUUGUUGUUUAGUCGUUUAGUCGUGUCCGACUCUGUGACCCCAUGGACCAGAGCACACCAGGCACUCCUGUCUUCCACUGCCUCCCUCAGUUUGGUCAAACUCAUGCUGGUAGCUUCGAGAACACUGUCCCACCAUCUCGUCCUCUGUCGUCCCCUUCUCCUUGUGCCCUCAAUCUUUCCCAACAUCAGGGUCUUUUCCAGGGAAUCUUCUCUUCUCAUUAUAACUAUAACUUAUAUUGCAGCCCACUUACUUAGAAAUAAGACUUGUUGUGUUAAUUGGGGCUUACUCCCAAGAAUAUGAGCAUUGGAUUGUGACUUGGUCUCAUUCAUGACACUGUGGGGUCAUAAAAUGGUGCCUUUGGCUUUGGGGGAUAAGUACUGACAUGUUCUCCUUAGGAGUGAGGAUGUAUCACUGCAGGAACCCCAGCCCAUCUCAAUGGAUCUACAGGACUUAUAUGAUGUUCCUGGGCUGAUGGAGUCACUCCAGAGAUACUCAGGUAAGUGAGCAAUGGUGCAGAGCUGUGUUAGUCAUGUGAGCUUGGCAGCAAAGAGAAAGGUUUCUUCUCAGCAUGUGGUUGUCAUACACAAUUUGUAGCUUUUAGUUUGGGGGCCUCUGAACUUCAGCUGGGUGGGAUUACUCAACUAAAGCUUUAAUCACAAAUUAAAAUGAGCUUCUCCAAUCUAUUUACUGAUGAGACUGGUGACAGCUAAAGACUUAUGGACUCUUGAAUGACUGUUACUUCAGCUGUACUGGCCCUUCCCUCCUUGCAUCUGGGUUUAUUGAAACAAAACCAUAAAAUAUGCUUUUCAUUCAAGCCUGCAGCCAAAGCUCGUUUCCCCUUUCAGAAUGACUCACCAGUUGCUUUGAUCUUUCUAACCAUAAAGAACCACAAGCAACUGCAACUUUGAGUGCCAGCAACACAUCUUUCAAACCUGAUGUGCCUAUGCAUCAGCUCAGCACUUGCCGGAAUAACAGGAGUCAGUCGGCUGCUCACCCAACUGCGUCACACCAAAACUGGUAUCAGGGUAAAGGUGUGGUUCCAUGAGCAGCGCUUCUGCCAUCUACCAUUCAUAAGCCCCUUGUCAUAAUUGUCUUGGGUAGAGGUGAAUAAAUUUCCUGAACACACUUGGCAGGCUAAGACUUAUUACCAUCAUGAUUAAAGUGACCUAGGUUACUUCUAGGUAGGGUACUUUGCAGCCAAAAGCUACUUCCAGAUUUGAGUGAUGUAUAGACAGAUAUGGCAAGUAGCCUUCUUAAGCAAUAAAAGACCAGAGAAAGGUCUAUCAACAGACAGGAUGCUGAUUUUAUUUGGGCUUCUCCAGGUAACCUGUUUACUGAGCAUUCAUUCUGCUUGCACAAAACAUACCAAGUGGUCAGCCUAUACCCAGCUUUAAUCAUUUGUUCCAAUUUACUUUUGGACUGGUUAUAUGACAAUGAGCAUUCAUCCUUCAUUGACAGCCCCCCCCCAGCUCUAUUGAGUUAGGUUAGAGCUAACUCAGUUGUGUGUUGCGACACGUUCGUGUGUCUGUUGCAGUGUGUAUGUGUGUCACGCGAAUGCUCCCGACGUUCCUCCUGGGACUGGAAAGGGGUUAGUUUAACCUCCAGUUUGCUAGUAAAACUGAAUUACUGUGUCACAAGAUGAUGCAUGUCUAAAAAGUGUGUCACCAACAUGAAAAGUUUGGAAAGCUCUGAGUUAGGUGAACUUGGCUAUGGCAAGUCAGCACGGCAAUAUGGAAGCAACGGCAGCUGGAGGGAGCACAGUUGCUCUUGUACUCAUUUGCCUGAGCACCUUCUUCACUUCAAGUUGGAGCCCCAAGCACAAACACAUGCACAAAACUUGGGAGAGAAUCAUGUAUGACUUGGUAGUAGAGCACAGGUUUUGCAUGCAGAAGAUCUUGGGUUCAGUCCCUGACAUCUGGAGUUAAAUGGAUUCUCAGCAGGGGAAAGGAAAGACCCUUGCCUGGUUGACAACCUAGAGGAGGAGAAGCCAGUGCAAUGCCCUCCAGCUACUCCUGGACUAGAACUGCCAUCAUUCUGAUGCUGGCUGGGGCUGAUGGGAGCUGUGGUCUAGUAGCAUCUAUUUAGGCUGUGCAUCCCUUAAAGAGCCAACACCAGUGGAGAAAAUCUCUGACUAGGUGUCCAAUAGUCUGACCUGGUCUACCUUGUUCUACUAUCCUGCCCCUGCUCCCAAUGGGAGCACAAAGCAGCUAACCAUACAAAAUCACAUACGCAGCAGUACACUUGUAAUCAGAUACAUCAGAACCAGAUAUGAAAUCAGAAUAAAAACAUUAGAGAGCAAAGAUCGUAAAAUCAUCCAAAAAUACCACUUACACCCCAAAGGCCUGGGCAAAUGAAAAAGGUUACCUGAAUGUGGCUAAUGUGGGGGACAUCAUAAUGCCAUUUGGAAGGGAGUUCUGUAACCAGGGAGGCCACCACUGAGAAGGCCCCUUUAUACUUUGCUGUCAGCCCAGACAGAACAACAAGCAGGGAAUCCUGGCAGGGUAGUUAUAAUUCAGCAUCCUACUAUAAUGUCACAUGUUCUGUAUUGGUGCAGUAACAUCACAUCAGGGCUGAACGUGUCUCUUUCUGCCUGCAGUACCGGUGACCUUCGACCCAGACACAGCGAAUCCCUACCUGCUCCUCUCUGACAACCUGCUCUGUGUGCAAGUAGGGGAUCAAAAGCAAGACCUGCCCAAGAGCUUGUCCCGCUUUGAGACAUGCACUUGCCUGCUGGGUUGUCAGCAGUUCACAACUGGGAGACACUACUGGGAAGUGUGUGUGGAGAGCAAGACCAGCUGGACGCUGGGGGUGUGCAGAGAAUCUGUGAGCCGCCAAGGAAUCUUCACUCCCUCCCCAGCAACUGGCUUCUGGACUGUGUGGCUGAGGAAUGGCAAUGAGUACGCAGCCCUCACCUCGCCUCUCACGGAACUAGCUCUGAGAGCCAGGCCUGGGGCAAUAGGCAUCUUCCUGGACUAUGAUGCAGGGGAGGUUUCCUUCUAUAACGCUGAUAAUGGGUCGCACAUCUUUACCUUUGCAGACUCCUUCUCUGGACCCCUCCGGCCGUACUUCUACCCUGGGGUCUGGGCAGGGGGGCUCAACAAUGCUCCCCUCAUCAUCCGACCAGCAUCCAGCAAGACAUCAGGGAAAUCUUGCUCUUCCCUCCGAUGAGUGCUAACUGUGGAACUCACUGCCAGGAGAUAGAGACAAAGUUAUAUGUGCCAAAGUAUUAGAUAUACAGCCCAGCAAGGAAGAUUUGGAAGCUGCAGUUUUUGUCUGGGAAAGAUCCACCUAAUUUUCCAGACACAAGGCCCAGAAAUAAUUUUCUUCCAGAAUUAGAUGUUGCCUUUCCUGAAGCAGGUGGCUUGGCUCACUUUCUUGAGUCCUUUGAUGUUGUUUGCUGUAUUAAGUGCCUUUCUGCUCCACAUCUCGUCACAUGUGGAAUAAAAAUGCUUUCCUAAUCCUGCAGAUGUAGCACAAUGUGAUCUGCUAUGUGUAGGUCUGGUGGAUAAAGGGUUGAGGUUCAUGGGAAGCAGCUGGGUAGACAGUUCUCUAGUCUGAUCCAGCAGAGUUCGCUCCCAUUCCCCACAGUCAGAUUCAUUGCUCAAAAAAAAAAAAAAGCCCCAGACCUGAGAUUAAACAGGAUUCCUUGCAGAACGUCAAAUGCAAAACUAAGACUUUCUUAUUCCAGCAAGUAUUUUAAGGCUCACUUGGUGCUAAAAUUUAUUGUUUAUAUUGCCCCAUUUUCUGUGGAUUGCUUCUAUGUACACUGCUUAGAAAUGUUAAUAAUUAAGUGGUAUACAGAUGUUUUAAAUAAAUAAAAAUAAAGUAAAUGAUACUGAAUUUCAAAUUCGUGGAAAAGCCGCCCCCCAUUUCAGUAAAGUGCAAACACAACUUCUGCAUGCUUCCCCCCCCCCAAAAAAGGAGCAAGAAUUUAAUGCCAAGGGAGCAUGCCUCCAAUCUGAAUACAUCCAAGCAUGAUGAGGCAAAUUAUGAACCCCCGUAAUUAUGAACUUUGGUGACAUCACUAGAGGUUGGCAGCCGCUUGUAGGGUAUGGAGGAGCUGAAAGGGCGACUGUGGACAGCUAAAUCUAACCCAAGAUAAAUAAAGGUGAACCAUCUCAUUACAAUGGACUUUGAACUAAUACUUUACGAGGGCCUGAUCCUCACACAGCCAUGAAACUCCCCUGGGUGCCCUUUGGUCAGUUGCUGCCUCGCAGCCUAACCUACCUUGCAGGGGGGGGGUUAAAUUAGGCAAUGGACACCACCUGGAGCUCCUUGGAGGAAAGGUAGGAUAUAAAUUCAGUAAUUAAAUACUCCUCAGAAAGUGAGCCAUUCAUUUUUUUCCUUUAGCUGUUUAAAUAGCAAAGUCAUCUGGGUGUUUCACAAGACAACAUUAAAAUGCAAUCAGAUCACAUUACAUCAACCAUACAUUAAAACCAUGUUACAUACUCUAAAAAGGAGUAUUUUUGGUUGUAAGAAUGAAACAGUUUAGAAUUCAGAACUAUCUCUUUUUCAGCUAAGGCUGUCUAGGCAAAAAUCUGCUUGCAAACCUCAGUUUUAUAGCCCCACUUGCCGCAAAAUGAGGAAGGCAACUCAUUUCUUGGGGCUGGGAGGAAGCUUGACAGAGCUUAAUGGAAUUCUUAAAAACACCAUCAGGUAGGCAAAUAUUAUUUUUCUCAUGGUGAUUUCUCACCAACAUGACCCUCAGAGCAGGAACUUCUGGGAAAUCCCAACUUCUGGGAAAAAGGUGCAGGAGAGAACAACCACUAGCCCAAGUCCUGAAAGAAAGAGGCUAUGUACGCUUUUGACUUUAUCUAAUCUCUCCCCCUCGCCCACAAAUUCAGACUGCUAAAUUCAGCCUGGCCAUUACAGUGGUACCUCGGGUUAAGUACUUAAUUCGUUCCGGAGGUCCAUUCUUAACCUGAAACUGAUCUUAACCUGAAGCACCACUUUAGCUAAUGGGGCCUCCUGCUGCCACUGCACAAUUUCUGUUCUUAUCCUGAAGCAAAGAUCUUAACCCGAGGUACUAUUUCUGGGUUAGCAGAAUCUGUAACCUGAAGCGUCUGUAACCCGAGGUACCACUAUAGUUUCAGCUCUCAAAAGUGUAGCCAACCCUCCUUUAAAGAGAGGAGAGAGUCACUGCCAAGCAUUUCUUAUCAUUCUUCGCAGCUACUUCCUGACAAAACGCCCAAUCCUGGGAAACAUUUCCCAGGACUUAUCCACAAUUCUUGUCAAGCUGCUCCCACGCCUCUGCUGCAAAGCCGCUCUCUAGCGCUCCAAAAGAUUGCUAUUCUGAUCGGUUACUAAAGAACGGGGGGGGGGGGGCGGGUUUCCCUUGGAAGGGGAAGGGGGAAAGCGCUCGGACCCCUGCUUUCCUGGCAUGGCGCAAGUGGGAGUGUCUCGCUCUGGGACACAAAGAGUGACUUCGGGACCUCCCUCCUGUCUGCCCCAUCUGCACCUCUGAAAACUUUGGGCAGUACUUUUGUUCCCUUGCAGCCGCUUCGCAUCUCACUUCUUCUGGGGCGGCGUUUCAUUUUCCGCCUCGCCAGUGGUAGCCUGUCCCUACCACUGAUUGUUAGCUUUUACCUGUUGCUAGGAAAC